AACUGUGAUUACGAACCAUAGAUAAGUGUUGAUAAUAGUACCUAGCUCCCAUUCUUCUUCCAUCGUUCAUAUCGUUAUCACUGAUUAAAAAUUAUAACUAUCUGUAGUGUAUAUUAAUCAUUUUGAGCGAAAUUUGUAACUAUUGAAUUUGACACCAAAAGACAUUCAAAGUUAUACUUCGAAAACUAUUUAAUUCUGCGCUAAUGUUAUUUAGCGUCCUCGAAACAAUGUUAUAUGUCGUGUAAAUAAUUUUUUAAAUUACUGUUAAUACUGAGUGGAAUUUACAAUAAAACUGUGACAGAGUUUAAUUGGUGAUUAAUGAUGACCGAGAAACGAGUUGUGUUUUUUCCAAAUACUUUAUUGGAUUCCUCUCUUAACUAUCAUCCAUUAAUGGGUUUUAUCAGAUCAGUUGACAACGUUAGUUAUUAUUUUAUUUUCAACGAGUUUAGUACAGACGGUUUUAGUGUAGACACUGAAGUGCAGACGUUAGGACAUUUCCUAAGAAAUCAAUGUAAUUUCUGCAUAAAACAUAAAGAAUGUUUGCAGCAGCAGAUUAAUUUAUGUAUUACUGAAGUCGAUGGAAAAAUAUCCAUUAAUCUCAGUUCAUCUGGAAAAACUGAAGAUGUUUUUGUGCUCAUUGUUUAUGAUCCUUUGAAAUUUUGUAACUAUGAAGUAUUACUAGAGAACAGAAAAAACACUAGUAGUUAUGUAUGUUUUAUUAUGCUCUCCAAAAGAUUGGCUAGUAUAAAAAAAUCUAAAACUUUUGAAUCGUGUCAAUUAAACUUGUUUAUAAAUUUUACGCCAUAUUUAUUGAUAAUUUUGAAGAAAUUUAUUUCUUUUUUUAAUAUUAAAAUUGUACAGACAACAUUGUUGAGAUUAACGUUGUUGCAAUACAUUCUGGCCGUAGUAAAAAACCAAGUGUGGCUUAUUGAGGAAAACCUUACACAAAAUAACAAAACUUCUAAAACUAAAGCCAUGAAUUAUUUAUUAUCUUGUUUAUUUGAUGCUAUCCUAGGAACUAUGUGUCUCCAUAUGCUUGUUGCAAUGUUUACAUCAUCUGAAAAACUUUUUUAUUUUCUAUCUAAUAUUUCUUAUUAUAUAAUCAAGGCUCUUCAAGGUACUCUGCAGUGGCUAAUGGGUAGUCCAGCAGGAUUGAAACUCAACGAUCCUCUAAAUAGCUUAUUAGGAACUUGUUUUCUUUAUCUAGUCAAUAUAUGGUGGUCAUUUUUAGUUAUUUGUCGACCUCUUUUAGAAAUUGUAUAUAAUUUAUAUAUGUUUAUUGGAAAAUUUGGAUUAUCAUUCCAAAUUGCUAUAUUGGAAGAUGUUCUUGCUUUAGUUACCUUUCAUGUGUAUUGUAUUUAUGUAUAUGCAGCAUGGCUAUACAACUUACAGUGGAAGAGUUUGACAAUACUAGCAAAGUUAUUUGUUGGCCGGAGCUGUAAUCCGCAACCGGGGAGAACGACUCCAUAUACCACUCAGCAACUUUAUGUUGGCACAAUAUCUUUUGCUAUACUUUUGUUCCUGUUACCAACUACAUUAAUUUAUUAUGUUGUCUUUGUUGUUAUGCGAAUAUUACUAGUGAUGAUCAGAGGAUUAUUGAUUCGUUCUAGAUACACCCUGCAGAUAUUACCAGUAUAUACAACUCUGAUAUGGUUUUUAAAACCUAGUUUAACUGCUGGCAUUGUUAAAUUGGAGAUCUUAGAUAAAUCUAAAUCUAACACGGUCGUAUUGAAUGCUACUUUGGUAAAUGACUCUUGGUGGGCUACCAUCAAAAAUUACAUUCCAGAAUCAGUUGAGAAGCCUUUGACAGUUUCAUGGAUAUCCUUAAUAGAAAGAGUGUGUUCUGGUAAAUUACUUUAUCCCAUUUAAGUUGUAAUAAGUUCAAGAUUGCGAGUUUUUACUAUUUUAUGAAGAAUAAAUACUUAUUUUACUAUAA